UGUCAAAAACGAAAGUGACAUUUGUUUUGACGUAGAGCAGGGGAAAGUGCUUCGGACUUUUUCAUCCAUUCCUUCAAGUUACAGGCAAAAUCCGACAAAUCCCUUCGUCCAGCUAGCAUGCCAUUGAAUUAACAAGUAUUUUCUCCCCAACAUAAACUGUUCGUCGCAUCUAAAUUCAAGCAGGGAAAAUGAUAAAAAUCGAAAGUGAUUCAGAGAGUUCGGAGGAAUUUUUCGAUGCCGAAGACACAACACCAAAAUGCACGACAAAACACGGAUCGCCACGCUCUAAAAACGGGAGUGAAUUUCAAUUUCCCGACACGAUAGCCCAGCAAACGUUCAAGACAUGCACGGAUGAUGGGGGCGACGGCACUCCCAUCGGAAAUACUACGCCGUCUACGAUCAGUCCUAGUGCCAGCAUAUCUGCGAGAAUAUCAUCGAAAAAACAGGACGAACAUCAUUUCCAGGAACCGAAACUGGUGGGAGCGUAUGGCAGACAGCGUUUCCGCGAGCUGCGUCAAUGCAUGAAUAAUGAUGAAGAUGAGAAUCCUGGAAAUACGUUAACGCCUGACUCUCAGAACAGUUCAGUUGAAGGGGUGUUCCCGAACCGUCCAACACAUCCAUUCCGGAUAAUAGAAAACGAUGCAGUAAGUCUUCAGAGUAUGACUUCAUUAGGCAGAGUAGGACGUAUAUUGGCUGGAAGUAUCGACCCCUCAGCGAUGAGUAUUAACCCCGAUCAACUGUCAAUAUCUUCAAAUUCACAUCAAAUGCAGCAAUUCUUAGCCGCAGCUGCUUUGAACACAAAACCAGUUCAAGUAGAGCCCCAAUCACCCAGUAGAAACGAUAAUGCUUCGAAACAGCAGCAGCAACUACGCCUCCAACAACAAGAGCAGCAUCAGCAACAGCUGAAGCAACAAGCAACUGAAAAGGAGAACAGUCGAAAUGCGCAGCUUGCCGACAAUAAACCUUUAAUUUUACAGGAGCCUGACGUGAUUGCAAGCACAAAAUUAGCCCAUUCAAAAACUACAGACAGCUUAACAUUAAGCGGUCCUGUAGCUCCACCUCGUCGCAAGAAGAAACCACGAAAUAUCUCCACUAGCUCUUCUGAACAAUUCAAUAUGAAUGAAGGCAUGAAAUUGUUACCAAUAGAAAGUGAUUCGGACACAAAAUCAAUUCAAAGUGUUAAAAAUGUCCAAAAAUUCCGCGAUGAUCUGCUUAGAGAAUUGGAGGCAUCAUGGAACGAAGCCGCGAAACAACCACCAAAUGUUCGACCUGUUGCCAACAGUUCGAUGUGUCGAAUAUCGCAUUCGCUAGGGAAUUCCUCAACUUCGGUAUACAGUAAGCCCAGUCCAUCAAAUAGUGCGAAAAGCAAUUCAGCACCUGGACGUGUACGAUAUUUCUCAAUUGAUCCAACUCAAGGCUUAAAUAUAUACAAAGCGACACAAGGAUCCUGUGUUGUUAAACCGCACGACGAAGCUGAAAAUAAAGCUGAAGGCCCAUCGAAAGAGGAAAUUGAUAGAAUUGAAAGAAUUUUAUUAGAAAAUACAAACACGAAACCUAAACCAAAAUUAGCAGGGACCGGUUCGAAUAGCUUAGGAAGUUCAACACGAUUCGGUUCUUUAAUUAUGAAAAUAAACAAUGCUAAAGAACGCAGGAAAUCCGAUGGUGAUGAAGACGUUCUCAAGCAAAUGAACAUUUACGUUCGCACACGUACCGAUUCUGGCAAACAGCUAACUGACAUGGAAAUACUAGAACAAGUUCCUGUGAAAAAUCUAGACACUGGAGAGAAUAUGCCACUAUCUGCUGUAAAACCGCCUCCGCCACCAGUCGGUUGGAACCCGCUCUCAUUACACAUCCACAAAUUAACCAGUCAUUUAGAAGUGAGUCAAAAAGAAUCGGACGAAGAAAGCGUCAUAGGAAUUCCUCCUAGCUCCGAAAUUCCUGCAGGCGAAGAAGACGAUGGCGAUGUCGAAGAGAGUGGUCGACUUAAAAAGAAAACGGCACGCAUCAAACGAUUCUUCGGUUCAACUGUACGAAAGACUGUGGAUAAGGCAAAAUCGCUGGCGUCGGAAGUUUCACAUGCACGACAUAAAGAAGAUGUUGCAGAUAUUGUGGAUGUUGUCAAUCCUGAACAGAAUAUUAAAAUUAAGGCAUCGAGUACGAAUAAAGGACCGUAUGAGUUUACCAAACUGCAGCAUGUCCAAGAUUUGUCUGGGGAACAUACCGGUGCUGUAUGGUGUAUGAAAUUCAGUACUUGUGGAAGAUUGCUGGCUACUGCAGGUCAGGAUAGAGUGCUGCGAAUCUGGGUACUGAAGGACGCAUUUCCCUUUUUCCAGGAUUUGCGGACAAAAUACAAUGCUGAUCAAACCUCAUCUCCGACGCCAUCACAAGAAUCUUUAGUUUCACAAAUAUCGACUGACGAAGGUGCAGCUGUCCUGCAAGCCAGUGACUCCCCCGGCCCAUUUAUGCCUAAAGCAUUCUGUUCAUACACGGGACAUACUUCUGAUCUAUUAGAUGUUUCCUGGUCGAAAAACUACUUCAUUUUAUCCAGUUCCAUGGAUAAAACUGUUCGACUGUGGCAUAUAUCUCGCAAAGAGUGCUUGUGCUGUUUCCAACAUAUUGACUUUGUAACUGCGAUUGCUUUUCAUCCACGCGACGAUCGAUACUUCCUUAGUGGAAGUCUCGAUGGUAAACUACGUCUCUGGAAUAUUCCUGACAAAAAAGUGGCCUUAUGGAAUGAAGUCGACGGACAGACGAAUUUGAUAACUGCAGCGAAUUUCUGUCAAAAUGGAAAAUUUGCGGUUGUCGGGUCUUACGACGGAAGAUGUAUAUUUUAUAAUACUGAUCAUUUGAAAUAUCAUACACAAAUCCACGUGCGUUCGACUCGUGGUAAAAAUAAAAUCGGUAGGAAAAUUAGCGGUAUUGAGCCAAUGCCGGGCGAAGAUAAAAUUUUAGUGACAUCAAAUGAUAGUCGAAUUCGAUUGUAUGAUUUGAGGGAUUUGAGCUUAAGUUGUAAAUAUAAAGGUUAUUUGAAUGUAUCGUCGCAAAUAAAAGCAUCGUUCAGCCAUGACGGACAAUAUAUUGUUGCUGGUUCGGAGAAUCAGUGCAUCUACAUUUGGAAGACGAAUCAUGACCCUUCGAAGUAUAAUGCAACUCGUCGGGAUCGAAGUGAUUUUUGGGAAGGAAUUAAAGCGCACAAUGCAACAGUGACGUGUGCAAUUUUUGCACCACAUCCGGAAGCUAUAAUAAAACCUGAACCCGAUGAUGAAAUAUCAAGCACGAAUUUACUGAUUAGAAGACUUGAAAGGCGUAAUUGUAAAGCGCCUAACAACAAACCAGAUCCAUUGGUAGAACAGCAUAAAAAAGGUUGUGGAUACGCACUGGUCAGUGCUGACUUUAAUGGUUCCAUAAAAGUAUUUAUAAACAAGACAAAACCGAAACAUAGCAGCUUACCUUACACAGCGAUUGCCGAUUGAGUCGUCAAUUCUGAGUUAGAAAAAGAAAGAUCUAGAGAAUGUUUGAAUUCUUGAGCACAAAAGUUACUUUUCCCCGUUUUCAACCAUAGAUUUUAGGUUUGAAUUGUAAAAAAAAUAUGAGUGGAAUAUUGAAAUAAUAUACAUGAAACUAUUAUCGUGUUUAUGUAAUCAUACCAGACGCUAGCUACCGUAAUUUUAAUUAGGGGCUCUCAAGUAUUAUUAUCAAUUUAAAGCCAUAUUUGAUCCGAUUUUUAUAAGGCAAUAUUUGUUCUAUAGACAAUAAAAAUUUUAGUUUUUUUCAUCUAAUUUACCAAUAUGAACACUAACACACCUCCAAAUCGCGGAAACUAUCUACAUUUGUAUUUAUUUUCAAUUCGAACAUUUAUAAAAAUUAAAAAGUUGGUUGUGAAGCUGCUAGUGGGGACGGAAAAUAUGAAUUUUGUAUGCCUUAAGACUAAAUAAUUGGUAACGAAAAUUUGGUGAUCAUUUUUGAUAUGAUUGAUUCAACAAAAUCUAUGUUCGUGGUGUUUCUAGCGAUUGAAUGCAUUAAUUGAGUAGAAAACUUAUUAGUUUUUGCAAAUAUCGAUAUUUUGAGGCCCACUUCCCUCCUUCUUCAGCACUGGACAUUCACCACUCAAGAAGGGGAAAAAUAGUCCUUGACGUAUCUGCAUAUCGCAAGUCUAACACACACAAGCGAAAAUGAUAAUACGUCUUUUACUUCAUUUAUGAUUGAUUGUUGGUUUCCGCUUGAGAAUCAAGGACUUCGUAUAUAUAUAUACCCAAAGAAACGUCAAGACAUUUUAUAAUUUCGUUAAAUUAAAUCCUAGUUACAACUGAUGCCAUGAUACGGGAAGAUUAGGGCUUCUUUAUUCGUAUGGCGUUACGGAUUAGCACAUGAAAAAUUAGAUCUUUUCAAGAAUGUAAAGUUGAAAGAGUAUCUCGCUGAAUCUUGGAGGCAAAUUAAUAUUAUUUCUUCGAGAAUUAGCAUACAAGAUUGGUUAAGCACAUCGCGGUACAGAACGAUAGUAUAAAAGUUAAAAAGUAAUCUAUAUUUUGCAAACUAACAUUAAAUAUUUAAUUGGGAUAUUAGGUUUAAGUUAUAUAUGUAUAUUAAAUACUCACCCGUUAUGCUUGUGUUUCAACUCACCAAAUAUAUUUUCUGUUUUGUAAAUAUAUAAAAAAACAUAAUUG